UACUCGCGGUGGAUGGGCGGUCAAAGAAGACACCAGCUUUACUUGAGUGACUGUCAAUGAAGAGAGACAAAUAUGCGUAACUAGUACAUCGUAUCGCUUGACAUAGUUACAACGUGAGCCAAGUCAAGCGUUUUAUCUAACGCUUGCUGAAGAUCAAUGCACAACAUGAUUCAUCACAUUUCAAGCUAAAUAUAAUCGAAGACAGUCUCUGUUUAAUCGGCAUUACGUUGGAUGCGUAGUAGCUGUUCAAGUUAUUCAUGAAUAUCAGAAAAUCAUCGCAAUGGAACAAUCGGAAAAACCAAUUUUUGAAGAUGGCGUUUGGAAAGGGAUUGUUAAACCUCCAAUGAAAGACUGGCAACGUUUUAGGAGUACAUUGUUGGAACGUCUUAAUAAAUAUCCCUUUCGCGUGAGUCAAAUAGAUGCUUUGACUGGUCACAAAGAACUCUAUGGUGAUAUGGCGGAUAGAAUAACGAGUUGUGCUGUUUGGUUGAAAAAACAAAAUGUACAACCUGGUGAUAUUAUCGGUAUUUGCAGUUACAAUAAUUUGAACACAGUCGUACCUCUCAUCGCAUCCCUUCUUGUUGGAGCGCUUCCCAAUUCUUGGUGGGACGCUACUCUGACUGAUGAUAUGAUAAAAUACUUUUUAAAUUUGACAAAACCAAAAAUUAUAUUUUCCGAUGAGCGCAAAUACAAAAGGAUAAAAGAAGUGGUCGACGAAACUGGGGAAUAUAUAAACAUUGUUUGUCUGAACGACGCUCCAGGUUUUGAAUGUCUGAGCCACAUCAUAGAGACGCAGGACUCUGAUGAGCUGGAGAAAUUUAAAUGUGAGGACUUACAGGAUUUGAGAGAACCAGCGUUGAUUCUCUAUACUUCUGGAACAUCUGGAUAUCCAAAAGGUUGUGUUGUUCCAUAUGGCUGGUUAAUGUCCGAGUUAUUACCAAUAUCUGAGACUCCCGACAUUAUUCUCGGUCCUGCUGGAAUCAGCUGGGUCACCGGCCUCAUGACCGCAUUGAUAACCGUUGAAUCCUGUGCGACUUUAGUAAUCCAUCCACGCCCUAAUGAGGAAGUUAUUAUGGAAAUUGUUCAAAAAUACAAGGUGAAGCGCAUUGUAUGUUUCAAUACAGCUUAUGUCAUCCGAUUAUGGAAGACUAAAAAUCUGAAAUGCUACGAUUUUUCGUCUUUGGAAUAUAUAAUGAUAGGUGGAAGCGCAAUGCCACCAGGAGUCGAUGAAUUUGCUCAGCGAUUCUUCAAAAAUGCCAUGAUCGUUCAUGGAUAUGGCUGUACAGAAUUAUAUGCAUUGACGACUCGAUUUGGGUGGACGGAUAAACCAGCCUCAUGUGGGCAUGUUGCAAGAAAUGUUCACCUGAAAAUCAUUGAUGUAGAUACUGGCAAAACAUUGGGACCUAAUCAGGAAGGAGAAUUGUGUGCAAAAUAUCCAUAUAGAAUGCUUGGGUACCUCAAUAAUCCAGAGGCCACUAAAGCAGUCUAUGAUGACGAAGGAUGGUACCACAGUGGCGAUCUAGCCUAUUACGAUGACGAUGGAGAAUUCUUCAUCGUUGAUCGUCUGAAAGAGCUGAUCAAAUUCAGAAUAGUCUUCCAUAUCGCGCCAGGUGUAAUUGAAAAGGUCAUCUUGAGUAAUCCUGGGGUACUUGAAGCUGCCGUAGUAGCAAGGCCGCAUUGGGAGGAUGUUGAACAACCAAUGGCUUUUAUCACACUACAUUCUGACGCAAAAGUAACGGAAAAUGAUAUCAUCGAUCUCAUCGCAAAGAAUUUACCUGACCACAUGCAGCUGAGAGGGGGCGUUGUUAUACUCGAUAAAUUUCCCUACACAAAUUCAGGGAAAGUAGCUAAAGUAGAACUGAAGCGUAUGAUGAAAUCCUUGGUCGGCAGUGAGAAAUAAUUUUGGAAUUACCCCUAUUACCGACAUCGGUGACCGAGUGGCCUAGACGCAAGUCUAGGGUGCGGAAGGUUGCAAAUUGGAUGCCAAGUGGAACCGAAUUUUCCAAGCUGAGGUUCCGGUGAACGGAAGGUUGCUAAUAGAGUAACUGCCUGUAUCGGCAUGGGUUCUAUGUGGUUUUCUAUGCUACUCCUGUUUUAUAGCAAUGCGGUACAGUGUAGAAUUCACAACCGUAUGUAUAAGUUUGGAUAGAGUGCGGAAUGCGACCCGAAAUAGAAUACGAACGCCUUAAAAACAAACCUAUUAUUGAUAAUAGAAUUAAGUACAUGUCUGAUUGUUUUAGACACAUAUCAUUUUUAAUUCGUCCAGCCGCAAUGGCUCUCAAUAAUCAUGAACUUCUUGUAAAAAAAUCAAUUAAUGUCUCAAGCAUUUUUGCUCCAUGUCUGACGGAAAAUGUCUUCUAAAUUCCUAAAAAUUCCAUCCUCAAUUUAAAAAUGCCAUUUGAAUUGAGCUAGUCUACAAUGAGUUUAAGCUUCUGUCCCUUAAUUCAUAAAUACAUAUGAAUACAUAAUUCAUAAA